AUGGGGUACGUCGAAAGCCUCGCGAUAACGUAUGGGAACGUCCCCUUCCUGCUCGUGGGAUCCCUGCUUCUUUUCUACUUUAUCACCUGCAUUGUCCGCGACCCGCUUCGGCACGUGCCCGGCCCGCUCAUCUGCCGCUUCACCUCUCUGUGGCUGCACUACCAUGCCUGGGCCGGCACUCAGUGCUCGGCAAUCCAAAAACUCCAUGAAGAGCUGGGCCCGGUCGUACGUAUUGGCCCCAAUGAUGUUCACAUGUCCGACGGAGACGCCCUUUGGCCCAUCUACAUGGAGAAGGGGGGCUUCGUCAAGAGCGACUACUACAGCACCUUCAACAUAGAUGGCCAUGCCACCAUUUUCACCACCCUGUCGUUGGAGAAGCGCUCCGCCAGGUUGAAGUCGAUCCAGCCCCUCUUUUCUCAUGCAUCCUGCAUGGCUGCCAAGGGAAUAAUCGAGAAAUGUGCCACCAGGAUGGUUGAACGCAUCGCUGAGGGGAGGCAAACCCGGAAGCCGGUCGAUGUCCUCAACCUUGCACGAUCCUAUGCCAUCGACGCCGUGUCCAGCUAUAUUCUUCGCGCCCCAUAUAACGGGCUGGAGGAGCAAGGCGAGAUGUCAGCCUCCCCUUUUGUUGACUACUUCGUCAGCAUGAGCCGCUUCUUUCACCUCUCUCAAUCUCAAAUGCAUCUCAUCGAGCGCAUCAUGGAAUUCGUCGCGCCUGACGCCAAAACAACAAAGUCGACACAAAUCGUCGACGGCUUCCUCAAACGGACCAUCGAAGAGAAAAUCACGCUCCUCGAGGAAAGAAAGGGCGACGACAGCUACCCGUCCCGGCUUCUCGCUCUCGGCGUCCCCAAGGAGAAAGUGAUCGCCGAAUGCAAGGACGCCGUGUUCGCCGGCACCGAUUCUACCGGCAACAACCUGGCCACCAUCAUCUGGUACCUCGUCGCUCAGCCAGACAAAUACGCGCGCCUCCGCACCGAGCUCCACACCAACGCCACCUCGGCCGCGCCCAAAGACCUCCAGUCGCUGCCCUACCUCAGCGGCGUCAUCAAAGAAGCGCUGCGGCUCAGCAUGGCCAUUUCGACGCGGCUGCCGCGCGUCGUGCCCGCCGGCGGCUACCAGCACAACGGCACCUACCUGCCGCCCGCGACCGUCGUCGGCCUGUCGGCGUACCAGCUGCACCUCAACCCGGCCGUGUACCCGGAGCCGCGCGCGUUCCGGCCGGAGCGCUGGGUCGAGGGCGCCGGCGAGGAGAGGAUGCAGCGCGACUUCAUGCCGUUCGGGAAGGGGGCCCGCGCGUGCAUUGCGAGGAACUUGGCCAUGUUGGAGCUGUAUGUCGCGACGGCGGCGGUGGUCGAGGCCGGGGUGCUGGAGGGGGGUGGGGCGAGGACGGUGAGGGCGGAGAUUGAGUGUUUGGAGUGGUUUAACGCGAGGGUGAAGGGGGGUGUGAUUGAGAUUGUUUGGCCCGAGGCGUGA